UGACCCCCAUGGAAGACUGUUGACGCUCACAGUGGGAAAGAAGCCAUAAAAUAAAAGAUUGGGUGGCAGAUAUGGCUGAGAGCACAGUGUCUUCACAUGAGUAAGAGUCCCCGGAGCACAUGACACACAGAACACAUUGCAGCUCCCGUUGGAAGUAAACUGUUCAUUUUCCUGGAAAUCAGCAAGACCCCAUCCCUGAGCGGAAACUCAGGCAACACCCACGUGUGGGUUUUCUAGUUUUACAAAUUUUCUACUUUGUAAACCGAAAAAAAAAAAAAAAAGAUUGUUUCUAAAGAGUUGGUUUGAAGAAAGCAAACUCCGAAGUUCUGUAUAAUAAAACCUUAUUCAAAUUUAUGCAAAUAUUUUGAUGAACAAAAUGAGCAAUUUUCAGAGAACAUUAAAAGUAUGUACAGGUGCUGGCACUGUGGCAUAGCGAGUAAAGCCGCCGCCUGCAGUGCCGACAUCCCAUAUGGGUGCCAGAUUGAGUCCUGGCUGCUCCACUUCCGAUCCAGCUCUCUGCUAUGGCCUGGGAAAGCAGUGGAGGAUGGCCCUAGUCCUUGGGCCCCUGCACCCAUGUGGGAGAUCCACAAGAAGCUCCUGGCUCCUGGCUUCGGAUCAGUGCCGCUCCGGCCAUUGAGGCCAACUGGGGAGUGAACCAGCAGAUGGAAGACCUCUCUCUCUCUCUGGCUCUCCUCUCUCUGUGUAACUCUGAUUUUCAAAUAAAUAAAUCUUUAAAAAAAAAAAAAAAGUAUGUACAGCAAAGCUGCGCAGAACUCAGUUCAUUCCUUCUUUGUUGUGACUUGAUCUCAUGGAUUCAGGAUUAAGACCGUGAUUACUUGUUGACUCUUACCGAACUUUGGAAAGAGUGCUAAUCACAGGAGGAUAAGACUGAAGGUUGAGAGGCCAGCGCUGUGGCGUAGUGGGUGAAGCCGCCACCUGCAGUGCCGGCAUCCCAUAUGGGCACCGGUUUGCGUCCUGGCUGCUCGGGAAGGUGGUUGCAGCCAUCUGGAAUUAAAACAGUGGAUGGAAGACCCCCCUCUCUCUCUCUGCCUCUGCCUCUCUGUAACUGCCUUUCAAAAUAAAUAAAUUUUUUUUUAAAAAUGUCUAAAGGUUGAGUCUGGGUGCCAGGCAGUGUUCAAACACUUGAAAUGCAUUUGGACAUCCAGUUCUCAAAAACAACUCCAUGAGGUAGGAACUAUUAUUAUCCCUAUUUUACAGGUUAGGGAACCAUGGCUCAGAAGUGAGGUAACUUGUUCAGACUGCAGGAGCAGCCAGGAUGCCCACAGUCAGAGGGCAGGGAAAGAGAAGAGAUGCUAUGGAUAAGGCAUUUCAUGCUUUUUUUUUUAAGGUUUACUUAUUUAUUUGAAAGUCAGAGUUACACAGAGAAGAUGCAGAGAGAAAGGUCUUCCAUCCACUGGUUCACUCCCCAGAUGGCUGCAAUGGCCGGAGCUGCACCAUUCCAAAGCCAGGGGUCAGGAGCUUCCUGCACCAUGUAGGUGCAGGGGCCCAAGAACUUGGGCCAUCUGCUGCUGCUUUCCCAGGCCAUAACAGAGAGCCGGAUAGCAAGUAGAGCAUCUGGGUAUCGAGCCAGCACCCAUAUGGGAUGCCAGCACUGCAGGCGGUGGCUUUACCCGCUAUGCCACAGUGCCGGCCCAUUUCAUGCUCUUGAUUGCAGCAAUAGCUGUGUCCCCAGGGCCUCGUCCAGGGGGCCUCUGUCCGAAGAAGCUCUCCAGAGCCUAGACUGGAACCUUGCAUUCUCGGGGUUCUCUUGCUUGCCGGGAGCUGACUGGGGUCUGGAAAGCUUGCUGGUUUCUCUGGGUUAACUUUAGCACUGAUUUCUUGAGGUCUCAUAGAUGAUGAGCUCCAGGCGCUGAGGAAGAAGUCAAGCAAGGAUUCAGGGACCUGAAGGUUUCUUACAAGUCGACCAUGACAAGAGAAAGCUGGACCCACAGCGUUCUGAGACAAGAGGGGCUUGUGAAGGGGAAGGAUGACACUUGGAAGUGGGGAACCAGCUUCCAAGGGAGCAGCUCCUCCGUGUGGGAGACCUCCCACCUGCACUUCAGACAGUUGCGAUACCAUGAGACGUCUGGACCCCAGGAGGCGCUGAGCCGGCUCCGGGAGCUCUGUCGCCGGUGGCUGAGGCCAGAAGCCCGCACCAAGGCCCAGAUCCUGGAGCUGCUGGUGCUGGAGCAGUUCCUGAGCAUCCUGCCCGGGGAGCUCCGGACCUGGGUGCAGCUGCAUCGCCCUGGGAGUGGUGAGGAGGCUGUGGCCCUGGUGGAGGAGCUGCAGAGGGACCUCGAUGGACCAGCGCUGAAAGUUCCCGUCCUUGUCCAGGACCAGGAUGCCCUCCAAGACGGGAUGCAUACUGCAGGAGCAGCCCUUCCCGCUGAACCCGCUGGCGGCCGCGUAGCCGCUGGCAUUCGCCCACAUCCUCUUCCCGGCUCAGUGCUGUUCGGCCUCCAGGAUCCUCCACGUGGUGCUCCUGCCCCUGAAGCUUCUGCCCUUUCCCAAGAAGAGAACCCAAGGAAUCAGUUAAUGGCACUUAUGCUGCUAACAGCCCAGCCCCAGGAGCUGGUGAUGUUUGAGGAGGUGUCCGUGUGCUUCACUGCAGAGGAGUGGGCGUGUCUGAGCCCCAUUCAGAGGGCCUUGUACUGGGAUGUGAUGCUGGAGAACUACGGAACUGUGACCUCCCUGGAGUGGGAGAGCAUGGUGGAAGAUGGGGAGGUGACAUCCAAGCCCAGUGUUUCCCAGAGAGCAGACUCUCAGAAAGGCACUUCAAAAAGACUCCAUGCAGAUGCUCCCCAGGCCCUGGAGCCUGAGGCAGCGUGUGAAUGGCAGGCCUUGGCAAGGCAGUGGGAAAACGAAGCGGAGCAAAGGGUAGACACAGUGAAGAAAGUUCCCCUCUGUGCCCGAGACAAGAGGAAAAGGACUCCUUCAGAACAACGCCAAAGGUGGAAGGAAUUUGGAGAAAGCUCGACUUUGGGGUCAGCUGUCCCUGAAAGUUUAGUGGAUACUGAGGGAAAAAAGCUUUAUAAAUGUGAUAUGUGUUGUAAACAUUUCAAUAAAAUCUCCCAUCUUAUAAACCACCGGCGAAUCCACACUGGGGAGAAGCCGCAUAAAUGUAAGGAGUGUGGGAAAGGCUUUAUCCAGCGCUCUAGCCUUCUGAUGCAUUUACGGAACCAUUCUGGGGAGAAACCUUAUAAAUGCAACGAAUGCGGCAAAGCGUUCUCUCAGAGCGCCUACCUUCUGAACCAUCAGAGAAUCCACACGGGGGAGAAACCGUACAAGUGUAAGGAGUGUGGGAAGGGUUUCUAUCGGCACUCCGGCCUUAUUAUACAUCUGCGACGCCAUUCCGGGGAGAGACCUUACAAGUGUAAUGAGUGUGGCAAAGUUUUCUCUCAGAAUGCUUACCUCAUCGACCACCAAAGGCUUCACAAAGGGGAAGAGCCCUAUAAGUGUAACAAGUGUCAGAAGGCUUUCAUUCUGAAGAAGAGCCUCAUUCUGCACCAGAGAAUCCACUCUGGGGAGAAGCCCCAUAAGUGCGACGAAUGUGGGAAAACCUUUGCUCAGACCACUUACCUCGUUGACCAUCAGCGACUGCACAGUGCGGAGAACCCUUACAAAUGCAAGGAAUGUGGGAAGGUCUUCAUCAGGAGUAAAAGCCUCCUCUUACACCAGAGAGUCCACACAGAAAAGAAAACCUUCGGUUGCAAAAAGUGCGGGAAGAUUUUCACUUCGAAGUCCAGCCUCAUCGAGCACAAGAGGAUGCACAGCAGAGAGAAGCCUUACAGGUGCACCGAGUGUGGGAAAGCCUUCACUCAGAGCGCUUACCUCUUUGACCACCAGAGACUCCACAACGGGGAGAAGCCCUACGAGUGUAACGAGUGCGGCAAGGUGUUUAUCCUGAAGAAGAGCCUCAUUUUACAUCAGAGGUUCCACACCGGAGAGAACCUCUAUGAAUGCAAAGACUGUGGCAAGGUUUUUGGUUCUAACAGAAACCUCAUUGACCACGAGAGGCUGCACAAUGGAGAGAAGCCCUAUGAAUGUCGAGAGUGUGGGAAAACCUUUAUCAUGAGCAAAAGUUUCAUGGUCCAUCAGAAGCUGCACACACAGGAGAAGGCCUACAAAUGUGAGGACUGUGGGAAGGCCUUCAGUUACAACUCCAGCCUGCUUGUGCAUCGGAGGAUCCACACCGGCGAGAAGCCCUUUGAGUGCACUGAGUGUGGAAGAGCUUUCAGUUCCAACCGGAACCUUAUCGAGCAUAAGAGAAUCCACAGCGGUGAGAAGCCCUAUGAGUGUAACGAGUGUGGCAAAUGCUUCAUUCUCAAGAAGAGCCUCAUUGGGCAUCAGAGGAUUCACACGAGGGAGAAAUCUUACAAAUGCAGUGACUGUGGCAAAGUCUUCAGCUACCGCUCAAACCUUAUAGCCCAUCAGAGAAUCCACACUGGUGAGAAACCCUACACGUGUAAUGAGUGUGGGAAAGGCUUUACUUAUAACAGAAACCUUAUUGAACAUCAAAGAAUUCAUAGCGGGGAAAAGACCUAUGAAUGUCAUAUAUGUAGAAAAGUCCUUACCUCUAGUAGAAAUCUUACGGUGCAUCAAAGAAUCCACACUGGAGAGAAACCAUAUAAAUGCAAUGAGUGUGGGAAAGACUUUAGUCAGAAUAAAAACCUCGUUGUACAUCAGAGAAUGCACACUGGGGAAAAGCCUUAUGAGUGUGAGAAGUGUAGGAAAUCCUUUACUUCUAAGAGGAAUUUGAUUGGCCACCAGAGAAUCCACACAGGGGAGAAACCCUAUGGGUGUAAUGAUUGCAAUAAAGUUUUUAGACAAAGAAAAAACCUUACUGUACAUCAGAAAAUUCAUACAGAUGGAAAGUCCUGUGAGCGUGAUGAGUCAGAAAAAGAAUUCUGUCCGACUGCAAAUCUACAUCCUCAACAAAAAAUCCACACUGUGGAAGAAUUCUCUUGGCUACAGAAUACCAGUGAGUCUAAGAUAAAGAUUCAGAAAAUUUAGUGUCGUAGGUAAAAUGGAAUAUAGUCCCUGCCUACUGAAGGAACUGUGAGAGGAAUAACUUACAGGGAAAAACACUCAUGACCCUUUUUUAUGUGCAAGUGAGUUGCAUGUAGAAGAAAGUUAAUCUAGACUUUCAGGUCUACAGAAACAAUACAAUUUCUGGUUAAAGGCUACUCCGUUCCUGACCAUCUGUUAUGAACUUAGAAAGAGACCUUGGAGCAACUAAGGACUCCAAAAAAACUGACCUGUGUCUUACAAGAUGUCUUGAUGUCAUUACUAACAAAUGGAUGUUGUUUCUGAAAUAUGUGUAGUGUAUGUUUUAAAUAUAUCAUCACUGCUACAGAAAGUCUGUUUAGACAAUAUGAUCCAGACAUGUCCAGUGGAGUUCAGUGGUCAAGAGCCUAUUUUUGGAGGACAGCCCCAAAUCACUGGUUUCAGAGUCAGGAGACCUAGGUUUGGUUCUGGCUCUGUCCCCAGCUAGCUGUGUAACAUUACUAACUAGCCUCGAAGACUCGGUUUGAGUCAGUCACAUGAUGACAUAUGCCUACCUCACAGGGUUGUUGUGAGGGCUAAGUGGAAGAAUCUGUGUGAAAGUGUUUUAUGAAAUAGCCAGUUGUCAAUAAAGUUGGAUAAGAGGUAUUGUCAAAAGCUAAAACAUGGCAUAACGUUAGUUUAUGCACUGAGUCAGUAUUAGAAUGAGGGGGAUUCCAUGAAACUCAAAGUUGUUCAUUUUGUAAGAGAAAGUAUGGUGGAUAAGUAAAUUUGUAAUUUAAUAAUUUGAGACAGGUUUUAAAAUACAGCUUUAAAAUGUCUAAAGGUGUUAGUAGAUUAUAUACCUAGUUUGUUUUUAAGGACAAAUUUGAUUAGCCUACGUUCUUGAGUUCAUAAUUUUACAUUGUAAUUCCCAGAACUCCAGUUCUGGAAUACACAAAUAACAGAAUGAUGUUUUUCAAAGUGGAGUGUUGAGAGCUUGGUACCUGAUGAGAAUAAAAAGUAUCCAGGAGAGAAGACCAAGGGACCAAGCCUUAAAACCUGGGAAUGUGUCAGGUUCUGCCACUUGUUUUGAACAAAUUCCCUCACUUCUUGGAACCUUGAAUUCCUCUGCUAAACAGGAGGAAGAAUAUCUACCUCACAGAGUUGGUAAUAGGAUGUGAAUAUGGGGCUGGUGUUCUAGCACAGCAGGUUAAGCAGCCACCUGUGACACUGACAUCCUGUGUUAGAGCAUUGGUUUGAGUCCCAGCUGCUCUGUUCUGCUUCUAAUCCAGCUCCCUGCUCAUGUGCCUGGGAAGACAGUGGAAGAUAGUCCAAGUACUCGGGCCUCUUCCCUGCCGUGUGGAAGAUCUGAAUGGUGCCUUGGCUCCUGACUUUUCACCUGGGCCAGGCGUGACAGUUGAGGCCAUUUGGAAGAUCUCUGUUUCUCUCUCUCUCUCUCUCUCCCUCUCUCUCUCUGCCUUUCAAAUAAAUAAGCAAAUGAAUGAAUAAAUCCUUUUUAAAGAGAGGUAAUGACUAUAAAAAUGCUUCAUAUCCAUGCUGCAGAAGAAUCAUGCGAUAGCUUAUAAUAAUUACAAAGCAACAGGCCGGCGCCGCGGCUCACUAGGCUAAUCCUCCGCCUUGCGGCGCUGGCACACUGGGUUCUAGUCCCAGUCGGGGCGCCGGAUUCUGUCCCGGCUGCCCCUCUUCCAGGCCAGCUCUCUGCUGUGGCCCGGGAGUGCAGUGGAGGAUGGCCCAAGUGCUUGGGCCCUGCACCCCAUGAGAGACCAGGAUAAGUACCUGGCUCCUGCCAUCGGAUCAGCGCGGCGUGCCGGCUGCGGCGGCCAUUGGAGGGUAAGGAAGACCUUUCUCUCUGUAUCUCUCUCUCACUGUCCACUCUGCCUGUCAAAAAAAAAAAAAAAAAGCAACAUACAUACUUUAACAAUGGAGAAAGCUGGUGUUGCCCAUGACAGAAUGUUGCAUUGCUAAAACAGCCACAGAAUAUGUCUCAUUGUGUGAUGUAAUAAGCCAAAAAAUGUUUAAGUUAUAUUUAAUCAACUUUAGACCUAGACCUACUUGCCAGUUUACAGGAAAUACUGGAGGCAGAGGAACAAGAUGAAAGAUUCCGUGAGAAACAGACAAAUCCAGGUCAUGGUAUAAAGAAACCCUCCCUGGAUUCUUCAGACAGUCAUGGUAAGAAAGAAGGAUGUGUCCUUUGUUGAGGCUGGACAAGUGAGUGGGGAGUUCACUGUACUGUUGGCUACUUUUAUGUGUGUAUGAAAUUUUCCAUAAUAAAAGGUAUAAAAACUGGAUGAGGGGGUUGAUCUUAUGAGUUACAAAAGAAUCAUAGGAUACUAAGCACCAGAAAUAGACAAACGAAUGCCCCCAUUAAUUUCCAGUUGGUGCAAAAGCAAUGCUGUAUUGCCUUUUCAACAAAUGCUGCUGGAGCAAAUGUAUAUCCAUAGAGAAAAACGAAAACAAUGACAUGACCUAGGGUUAAGCAGAGAACUCUUAGGUGACAUCAAAAGCGUACUCCAUAGAAGAAAAAAUAAAUGGAGCACCAUCAAAAUUAAGAUAGUUUGCUCUACAAAAGAUCCUCCUAGGGGCCAGUGCCACGGCACCAGCAUCCCAUGUGGGCACCAGUUCUAGUCCCAGCUGCUCCUCUUCCAACCCAGCUCUCUGCGAUGGCCCAGGUGCUUGGGCCCCUGCACCCGUGUGGGAGAUGGGGAGGAAGCUCCUGGCUCCUGGCUUUGGAUCGGCACAGCUCCGGGUGUUGCGGCCAUUUGGGGAGUGAACCAACAGAAGGAAGAGCUUUCUCUCUGUCUCUUCCUCUUACUGUCUAUAACUCUACCUCUCAAGUAAAUAAAAUCUUAAAAAAAAAAAAA